ACACACCUAGGCACCCAACCUGUGAGGUGUGCUUGAGCCUGGAGCCCACAUGGUUAAUAUUGACAGGAGCAGCCCUAGAGUCCUUGCUGCUUCAUGAUUGGAUACACACAGUCAGCUUCAUCCUUUUAUUUCUCCCAGCUUUUGUGCUGGAAGGUGGUCGUGGGUGUGAGUGGCAGAGAGACGGUCACUGCAAACAGCAGCUCUCUGUGGAGACGAGGAGAGGGUGCUUGCACCCUUGCUCCCAGCAGCUGCCCCUAUCAUGAGGGGCAGACAUUUGGAAUCGUGGAUUUUCCCCUUGUUCUUAGCUGGCUUUAUUCAGCCACAUCUGGGACAGGCAGAGCCACAGAAGGUCAGCUGCUAUGAUUCAGUAGAUGGAACAGUCUAUAACUAUGGAGGCCUGACCAUAGAUGGUGAUGAGUACAUCCCCUUCCGGCAGUAUGCUAGGAAAUUGAUCCUCUUUGUCAAUGUGGCCUCCUACUGAGGACUCACAAUGCAGUACCUUGAACUGAAUGCACUACAAAGUACACUGGGGCCUUAUGGCCUAGUCAUCCUGGGCUUUCCAUCCAACCAAUUUGGAAAACAAGAACCCGGCGAGAACAAUGAAAUCCUUAACUCAUUAAAAUAUGUAAGACCUGGAGGAGGCUUUGUUCCAAAUUUCCAGCUCUUUCAGAAAGGAGAUGUGAAUGGAGAGAAAGAACAAAAGAUCUAUACCUUUCUAAAGAACUCCUGUCCACCUGUUACAGACAGCUUUGGUGAUGUUUCUGGGAGACUUUUCUGGCACCCUCUGAAGAUCCAUGAUAUCAAGUGGAAUUUUGAGAAGUUUUUGGUCAAUACAGAAGGGAAGCCUGUGCUGAGAUGGUACCACAAGACUAAUGUUGCCACUGUGAAGAAUGACAUCAUACGAUACAUGAAGGAGCAGGGGAUGCUGCAUGGCUAGAGUCCCUGCAGACGCAGAGAAGUGAGCUGCGGGGGCGCAAAAGGGGAUAAUGCUGCUUUAUCCAGAGCCAAAUCAUAAAUCAAAAAUUAGAUCUUCCUACCUUAAGAAUGUGAAUAAUCCUUAAAAGACAGGAUGCUUCUUAAGAAAAGUGUCAAUUUGCACAUUUGCUCAUGCUGUGUGGUAUAGAGUUUAGCACCUUUCCUUAAUUUACAGAUUUCCCAAUACAUUUUGGGCAACUUGACCUUGACUUGCUCCAGCCAGGCACCUAUCUCCCACUUUUGUCUUCAUACUGGCAAACAGGAUUCAUUCCUGAAAUAACUAACUGGAGACACUCCUUAAUCAGUCCCACUGUAUCAUAUCAGAAUACGAUAGAGCAGGGGUGGCCAACGGUAGCUCUCCAGAUGUUUUUUGCCUAUAACUGCCAUCAGCCCCAGCCAGCAUGGCCAAUGGCUGGGACUAAUGGGAGUUGUAGGCAAAAAAACAUCUUGAGAGCUACCGUUGGCCACCCCUGCAAUAGAGCCAUCCUAAGCAAUGCACUUCUAAGGAUGUCUGUUUAGGAUUGCACUGUGAGCAUAUUGCACUGGCCAAGUUUUCUGUGGCUGUGCUCCAGCAAAAUACAUUAUUACAGAAAAAACAUGGAGAUUGUUUGUUCCGCCUCUUGUUAACCUAUUUAUGAAAAAAAGAGAGUAUGCUGCAAUGAAUCCCCCCCAUGCCUUCUAUCCAUUGCUGACCCUGCUUUGCAGUGCUGUGCUAACAACUGGAGGAUGCUACUCCUGUUGUGAACCAACAAAGCCUCAGUGAUAAGACAGUACCUCUGGAUAAAGUGUGUUCUCCCUCUGCCCCUUGCAAAUGCUGAUCAGAGCAACCUCAAUAGAUCAUUUAUGUACUGAACAUUCUCAAAAUUCUUUUGUGUGUCUGAGAGUGGGCAAGAGGAACCAGGGGCCUGGGGAGCCAGAAGAUGCAUCAGUAUGACGGUUAGGUCUGAAAGCUCCCAAUGAGUGGACUUAGCCCAAGCCUGCAAAGCAGCAGAGCGGCUCCUUGUGCAUUCAAGCUGCUCUGCAAUGCACUUUUGCAGAGAUGUGAUCUUCUUUUCAACCCCAGGAUCCCUGCCUUGCCUGCCUCCAGUCUCCUACUCUGUCUAAAACUUGCCCAAUAAAAACAUUCAAUGCAA